AUGGCUUCCGGACUCAUUGCUCUGAAGGAUAUCCCUUCUAUCUCCUCUCUCUACCGAUCUGGUGAAUUGCGCUCAUCUCCCCGUGAAGAUCUUCCUACUCCGAUCCAAGGUUUCAACGACAAGGUCUGCACCAUCCAAGGCGACAUUACAAAACUCCAGGUCGAUGCCAUUGUCAAUGCAGCCAACAGAGGUCUCCGCGGAGGUGGCGGGGUCGAUGGGGCCAUUCAGCGAGCAGCCGGUCCUCAACUUCUGAAGGAAUGUGCCACAUUAGGUGGCUGUGAAACCGGCUCUGCAAAGAUCACGGGCGCCUACAAUCUACCAUGCAACAAAGUCAUCCAUGCAGUCGGUCCUAUCUUCGACAGUCUCGAAAAGUCCGAACCCUUGCUCCGCAGCUGCUACCGAAAAUCACUCAGCCUUGCAGCUGAGAAUGAUUGCAAGACUGUGGCUUUCCCCGCCAUCUCAACCGGCGUCUAUGGCUAUCCCAGCAAAGAUGCAGCCCUUGCCGCCAUUCGAGAAGUCUAUUCUUUUCUCAAGAAGCCCGAAGGGCAAAAGCUUGAAAAGAUCAUCUUCUGCAAUUUCUUGGACAAGGACGUGGAAGCAUACGCUCAGAUCUUGCCAACCGUGUUCCCGCCCACAAAGGAUGACCUGUCCCAAACAGGUGAGUACGAUCUGAAAGGAGAUGUUACCCCAAAGGAUCAAUUGCCAAUGCCAGCCAACACACAGACCCGUCCGAGGGCAAUCUAUGAACCAACCGACAAAUUGCAGGACUUGACCGUCCGAGGUCAGGCCGUCCACCCCAGUAACCAAGCUCUCAAUGCGAAUAACUCCAAUGGCCCAGAAGACAAAUGUUCGGCGAGGAGCAGCAAAACUAUCCAGCACGGUGGUGGAGGCGAUGGACAAGGCGAAGUAUCGAUCGAGAAUGGCAGAGCUCCAAAUGAAAACAACACGUUGACUGUCUCUGAUGCACCCCAAGACCUUGAUGACCCUGACGACCCUGACGACGUUCCCUGCACACACGUUCACUUCUACAAGUUCAACGGCAUGCUCUCUUCUUACGGACUGUGGCCACACUCUGCCAUGGUGUGUUUUUGUGGAUCAAAGGUCUUUCAGGCCCGUAUCACCAACAUGCCGGUUAUUGGUCGUGGUGAUUAUGCCGGGUUUAGGACUUAA